AUGCUAUUCUUGCAACGUUUGACAGCAGCCACCCGCCGAUUUGGCAGGUGUUGCCAAGCUACCUGUACAAGUUCAGAGGCGUCGGAAAGCUCGCAGAAAAGGUUAGCAGUCAACAUCUUGCUUGGGCACAAGUUGUUCAGCUUGACAAGUUCGCCAUCCAAAUUUGCAGGCCUUCCAGUAUCUACGCAGGAUAGCCGCGAAAAGUCGCAUGUGGAAGAAUUGAGCAGCAGUGGGGAGGAGGACUACUCUGACUCAGAUGACGAAGGGACAGAGGAUUACAAGAAGGGUGGCUACCACCCUGUCAGCACUGGCGAAAAAUACAAGAAUGGAAGGUACACCGUCUUGAGAAAGCUGGGAUGGGGCCACUUUUCCACGGUGUGGCUAGUGCACGAUGCCGAAUCGGGCGACUACCGGGCCCUGAAGGUGCAAAAGAGUGCCCAGCACUACACCGAGGCAGCACGCGACGAGAUCACGUUGUUGUCUCAGCUGCGUGACGGAGACCCGAAUGACGAGAAGCAUUGCGUGAGACUAUAUGACAGCUUUGAGCACUCGGGUCCCAAUGGCAGGCAUGUCUGCCUUGUCUUCGAGGUACUUGGCGAAAACUUGCUGGCGCUUAUUAAGCGCUAUGAGUACAAGGGCAUCCCUAUUCCCAUCGUGCGCAACCUGGCCAUGCAAAUGCUGGUGGCGCUAGAUUACAUGCACAGGUGCUGUGAGAUCAUCCACACCGACUUCAAGCCGGAGAAUGUGAUGCUCGCGGAGCCCCUGCGCGACAGGACGUGGGUUAUUCCACAGCCGUCAGAGUCCCCUAGCGUGCCGCAGGCAGUGCGCAGCACACCAGCAGCGUCAGCUGGUGCUGCGCCCGUGGCCGCUACGGCCGGAGCUGAGGGCCUUACACGAAACCAGCGGAAGAAGCUUAAAAAGAAGCUCAAAAAGGCCGCGGCAAAGAAGAUAGACCAAGCUGAGUCAGUCGCAGGUGAUGCUGACGGGGAUGACGACGGCAGCGACGUCGUUGAGGAUUCGGUCAGCGCCGCGACGGGCCAGACGUCGGGUGACACGGACGUAACAGGGGAUCCGCUGAUCAUCACGCGACCGGGUCUCACGGACGAGCAGCUUCGGACAGCGGCGUGCAAAGUGGUCGACUUUGGGAACGCAUGCUGGACAUACAAGCAGUUCACUUCCGAUGUGCAGACACGGCAGUACCGGUGCCCCGAGGUAAUCCUCGGCGCCAAGUACUCGACGCCAGCAGAUAUGUGGUCCUUCGCUUGCGUCAUCUUUGAGCUGAUUACGGGAGACCUCCUUUUCGACCCACGGAGCGGUGACAAGUGGGAUAGAGACGAGGAUCAUCUGGCGCUAUUCAUUGAACUGUUGGGGCGCAUGCCACGGAAGGUGUUCGAAAAAGGGAAGUACGCACGCGACUACUUUAAUCGGAAUGGAGAGUUGCGGCACAUCAAGAAGCUGCGCUUCUGGCCGCUGGAUCGGGUCCUGGUGGAGAAGUAUAAGCUCUCGGAGGAGGAGGCGGCCGGGUUGGCAUCUUUCAUGUUACCGAUGCUGCGCUUUGUGCCGGAGGAGCGCGCCACGGCUGCGGAGAUGCUCAACCACCCCUGGCUGCGUGGCGAGCUGUCGCCCCAGGCGCAGGCGGAUACGGCCGUGCGUUCGGACAAGCGCAGCGGCAGCGCUGGCAGCGAGUCCCAGCGGUCGGCGUCCCCGGAGGAGCAUGAUCGGCGCCAGUCGUCAAGGUCGGCCUCGGCGGACUUGGCGGACCAGCGCAUCGAGCUUGUGGAGGUCGACGACGCCGUCCUUGUUACCGCCAAGCCGCCGGCUGGGGCGUAGAAUUUGUGUGUUCGUGCAUGCGAUUGAGAGGACUGUCGCGGGAGCGCUUACUUUGUGCGUAAACCAUGUAUUUUUAACGUGCUGUGCGUGCGCGUUCGUGAUAUGAUUGGAUGGCAGCCUCGUUUGAGAGGUGUAACGAUUAUGAUGGGCUGUACCGGGGCGAUCGCCGUUGGCUCCGGAGCCGUGAUUAUCGGCUUCCAUCCAUCAAAGGAACUGUAACACGCACCUCAAUUG